UCCCUUUCUUACGCCGGGCUUUGGCGGUGAACGAAACUAUCGCUCCCAUCCGCCCCUGCGGCUCCGCGCGUGCGCCGCCGGCGUGGAAGUGCGCGAGGCCGCGGCGCUGCGGGCACUGAGGCGGCCGAGGGGCGGUGAGAGCGGCGGCGGCUUCCGCGUCGUGCGGGGGGCGGCGGGCGGCGGGCGGCGCUCGGUACCGCACGGGCGGCACCGGCACCGGCGGCGUCUGAGAGGCGGCGGUCGUUGUCCGGCGCGCAGGGAAUGCGCCUGUGAGGGCGGAGGAGGAGCGGGUGCGGGUGAAGCCCGGGCGGAGCGGAGCGGAGCGAUGUCCCAGCCCCAGCAGCCGCCGCCGCCGUCCCCUCCGCAGCAGCCGCCGCCUCCGUCCGCCUCCAAGAAGCGAGACCGGCGCAUCUUCUCGGGCACCUGCCCCGAUCCCAAAUGCCAGGCGCGACUGUUCUUCCCGGCGCACGGGCCGCAGGGCAGCGGCAGCAUCGAGUGCACGGACUGCGGGCGGCGCCACGAGCAGCGGCAGCUGCUGGCCGUGGAGGAGGUGACGGACCCCGACCUGGUGCUGCACAACCUGCUGCGGAAUGCGCUGCUGGGCGUCAGCGGCGCCGGCCCGCCCCGCAGGAACACUGAGCUCGUCAAAGUCAAUGGCCUGUCCAACUACCAUUGCAAGCUUCUGGCCCCCAUCCUGGCCCGCUAUGGGAUGGACAAGCAGACUGGGAAAGCCAAGCUCCUCACGGAGAUGAACCAGGGAGAUAUCUUUGACUGCUCUCUCCUGGGUGACCGCGCCUUCCUCAUUGAGCCAGAGCACGUCGAAACCAUGGGUUACGGGAAGGACCGCUCAGGCAGCCUCAUCUACCUGCACGACACCCUGGAGGACAUCAAGAAGGCAAAUAACAGUCAAGAGUGCCUCAUUCCUGUCCACGUGGAUGGAGAUGGCCACUGCCUUGUUCAUGCAGUCUCACGAGCGCUUGUUGGCAGGGAACUGUUCUGGCAUGCUCUCCGAGAGAAUCUAAAGAAGCAUUUUGAGGAGAAUCUAAGCCACUACAAGGCACUUUUCCAUGACUUUAUUGAUGCUGCAGAGUGGGAGGACAUUAUCAAUGAAUGUGACCCUUUGUUUGUUCCUCCAGAAGGUGUGCCAAUGGGCCUUAGGAAUAUUCACAUCUUUGGUCUGGCCAACGUGCUUCACCGGCCUAUUAUUCUGUUAGACUCCUUGAGUGGAAUGCGAAGCUCUGGAGAUUAUUCAGCAACAUUCCUCCCUGGUCUCAUACCUCUGGAAAAAUGCAUGGGGAAAGAUGGCAUGUUGAACAAGCCAAUCUGUAUUGCGUGGAGUAGCUCAGGACGUAACCAUUAUAUUCCUCUGGUUGGAAUAAAAGGUGCUUCUUUACCUAAGCUGCCUAGGAAGCUACUUCCUAAAGCCUGGGGAGUUCCUCAAGACCUUAUCAAAAAGUACAUCAUGUUAGAGGAGGAUGGUGGUUGUAUAAUUGGAGGAGACAGAAGUUUGCAGGAUAAGUACUUGAUGAGGCUUGUUGCUGCAAUGGAGGAGGUUUUCAUGAGUAAACACGGUAUCCACCCCAGUCUUGUAGCUGAUGUGCAUCAAUAUUUCUACAGAAGGACUGGUGUAAUAGGGGUCCAGCCCGAAGAGGUCACUGCAGCUGCCAAAAAAGCAGUGAUGGACAACCGUCUUCACAGGUGCCUCAUCUGUGGGGCUCUUUCAGAGCAUCAUGUUCCCCCAGAGUGGCUGGCUCCUGGAGGGAAGCUGUACAAUCUGGCAAAAAGUACUCACGGCCAGCUAAGGCCUGACAAAAAUUACAGUUUCCCCCUGAACAGUUUGGUGUGUUCUUACAAUCCUGUGAAGGAUGUGCUGGUACCAGACUAUGGCCUGAGUAAUUUAACUGUUUGUAACUGGUGCCACGGUAACUUAAUGCGUCGUGUCAGAGAAGAUGGGUCUGUUUUAUAUAUUGAUGGAGACAGAACUAAUACUAGGUCUUCAGGUGGCAAAUGUGGCUGUGGAUUCAAGCAUUACUGGGAAGGUAAAGAAUAUGACAAUCUGCCUGAAGCUUUUCCUAUAACUCUAGAGUGGGGUGGAAGAGUGGUGAGAGAGACUGUCUACUGGUUCCAGUAUGAAAGUGACACCUCUUUGAACAGCAACGUGUAUGAUGUCGCCAUGAAACUUGUUACCAAGCACUUCCCUGGUGAAUUUGGUAGUGAGAUUCUUGUGCAGAAAGUUGUCAACACAAUACUGCAUCAAACAGCCAAAAGGAACCCUGAUGAUUAUACCCCUGUAAAUAUCGAUGGUGCUCAUGCCCAAAGAGCUGAUGAUGUACAGCAAGGACAAGAGUUAGAGUCCCAGCUUCCAACCAAAAUAAUUUUGACUGGACAGAAGACUAAAACUUUGCACAAGGAGGAGCUGAAUAUGAGCAAAGCUGAAAGAACUAUUCAGCAGAACAUUACGGACCAGGCUUCUGUAAUGCAGAAACGGAAAAGUGAAAAAUUGAAACAAGAGCAUAAAGGGCAACCCAGGACUGCUUCUCCUGGGGUUGUUCGUGAGGGGCCCUCGUCCGCACCUGCUACACCAACUAAAACCCCGUAUUCUCCAACAUCUGCAAAAGAAAAGAAAAUUCGAAUAACCACCAAUGACGGGAGGCAGUCAAUGCUUACCUUGAAGUGCACUACCACCUUCUUGGAACUCCAGGAAGGCAUAGCAAAAGAAUUUAAUAUUCCCCCGUAUUUGCAAUGUAUUCGCUAUGGCUUUCCUCCAAAAGAGCUUCUGCCUCCCAAAGAAGGCAUGGAAAACGAGCCUGUUCCUUUGCAACACGGUGACAGGAUUGCCAUAGAAAUCCUGAAGGGCAAGGAGGAAGGCAGGCAGGCUGCCUCAGCACACUCAGCCCAUGCUGUGAAGCAUGAAGAUGUUGCUGUGACCAGUAAGAUCUCCUCAAAGGAUCUGCAAGAGCAAGUUGACAAGGAGAUGUAUUCACUCUGUCUUCUGGCAACGCUCAUGGGAGAAGAUGUUUGGUCUUACGCAAAGGGGCUUCCUCAGUUGUUUCAGCAGGGUGGAGUAUUCUACAGCAUAAUGAAGAAAACAACAGGUUUGGCUGAUGGCAAGCACUGCACUUUUCCACAUCUACCUGGUAAAAACUUUGUGUACAAUGCAGCAGAAGACAGAUUAGAGCUGUGUGUGGAUGCUGCUGGGCACUUCCCAAUCGGUCCUGACGUUGAAGAGCUGGUUAAAGAGGCCUUAAGUCAAGUGCGAGCAGAAGCUACUUCAAGAAGCAGGGAAGCAAGUCCUUCACAUGGAAUGCUGAAGUUGGGAAGUGGUGGAGUAGUGAAAAAGAAAUCUGAACAACUACAUAACAUAACUGCAUUUCAAGGAAAGGGUCAUUCCCUAGGAACUGCAUCUAGUAGUCAACAACAUGAUCACAGAGCCAGGGAAACACCACUUUUAAGAAAGCAUAGCACAGAAACGGACUUCAGUCCUUCUGCUAAAAUUGAGCCUUCUGUAUUCACAGCUGCUUCUGGUAACAGUGAGCUUAUUCGAAUUGCUCCGGGAGUUGUGACAAUGAGAGACAGCAGGCAGCUUGACCCCACUUUGAUUGAGGCACAGAGAAAAAAGUUGCAGGAAAUGGUGUCUUCUAUUCAGGCUUCAAUGGAUAGACAUUUGCGGGAUCAGAAUACAGAGCAGUCAGCAUCAGUUGAUGUAUCUCAAAGAAAAGUAGAGGCAGUGAGUUCAGCUGCUAAAACUGGGAGCUUUCAGGCUGCCUUACCUGAAUCAUUCUCUGCACCAGGUGGUACUGAACACUUGAAUACUGAAUCAACUGAUGGUAACAUGGUGAAUUCUGUGGGAACAACAUUCCCUGCAAGGUCUAAAGCACAAAAGGGAAAUUCUGUUGAGGAGCUUGAGGAGAUGGAUAGUCAAGAUGCAGGAAUCACUAAUGCAACUGAGCCAAUGGAUCACUCUUGAUAGGUUAAAAUCUAAUAAGGGUAGAAGAAAUUACUGUUCAAAUGUAAUGUUUAUUGGCUGGGCCACACAAAGUGAUUAGUUACUAAAUCUUGUAUGUAUGUCAAAGAUUAUAUCAUCUUAUUCAGUGCAUGAUAAGCAUGUGAUUGGCAAUAGCUUUCAAUAUUACCAUACUGCUGCCCAGGCUGGCUCUGUUACCUGUAAAUUAGUUAUUAGGAAAUGCACUGAGAUGAAUAUCUGCUGUACAUGUGGGUUCUUGAAAAUUCUUUGUAAUUUUUAAUUUCUUAAAAGUCUUAAAAUUUAAGCCCAUGCAAGGUUCUUACCAUGCUAGCUUAAGGUUACUGGAAGGGCUAGAACAGGCAAAACUAGAAACAUGGCAAAGUUAAUUCUGUCCCAGGUACUUAAUUCCAAUAAUAAUACACUGUUAUAAUAAAUUAGACAUAAAUUUCAAAAAGUAACUGAAACUAAACUUCUGCUCAAUUUGAUAAUGCAGAAUAUACAGUACUUUUAAUUACAUUUUGCUGGCACUUCUCCAAUUUAAUAACGUUUUCAUUCAUAUCCUCCUCUCAGAAAUUUUGGAAUACGUGUAACUUUAGUAAACUGAAGUCUUAGUUCUCCUAUUGUCAGUUAUAAAACAAGUUAGAAAAAAGGCCACAUAGCAUAUGAUGAAGAUACACUGAAUGUGGUGUGGUUAUGCAUGGCUGUCUGAGCCAACACAACCAUUUUGGUGCUCUCUUGGUAGCAUGUCUUUAUUUCCUCCCAAAUACCAAACUGGUCAGGUGGUUGCUCAACUUUUGAGACAAUUACAGGAGAGAAGUUGGCAAUUUCAAGUAAGAGCAAAUCUUCAAUGCCAAAUACAUUUCUUUUAGAAGAAUUAGAUUGCUAGCUUUGGUUAGAAAUGGCAAAAAUGAAAUAAC